AUGGCAAUUUUCUCAUCAUUAGCUGGAUUCUUCAAUAGGAACAAACGAAGGAUCUUUAUAACUAGUGCAGUAACAUUUUCUAUAUACCUCCUAGUCAAUGAAUUUGUCAUUAAAAAAUUUAGAAACUACCAAAAUGCUUUGCGACAGGAGUUGAUGUUUAAACAACAAAUCAAACAACGUUUCAUUCAAACUCAACAUGAUUGCUACUAUACAAUUUUGGCCUUGCUUCCAGUAUUGGCACAUCCAAUCAUCGAAGCAUUGCCCGUUGAAUUAAUAACCCAGGCAUUACGCUUAAAGAAAGGCCAACAACUGCAACUGCAACUGCAGCAGCAACAGCAACAGCAACCACAACAACCACCACAACAACAACAAUCUAGUAUUGGAAAUAGCAAUACCGAAUUGACAGUGGAUAAUUUGAAUGCGUUGGAGAACAACAACAGCGGCAGCAGCAACAACAACAACAUGGACAAUAACUCCACCAACCCAGAAUCAAGAUUGUCAUUCUACAUGAACAAGAGCAAGCUUGAAUUGUGGAAUUUGCUCAAGAUUAAAACAAUCACCAGGUCAUUGACUCUAAUCUACUCCAUCUCAGGAUUAUUGUUAAUCACUAGAUUGCAACUAAACAUCCUUGCAAGAAGAUCGUAUCUUGAGUCCGCUAUAUUGAUGGCUGGUGUGAAAUCUACAAGCAACCAUGAAAUGGAUCCGCAUGAAAAUUACAUAAUUGAGCAGAGCUACCUUUCGUUGAGUUGGUGGUUAUUAAACAAGGGAUGGCAGAAUAUCAGCUCAUUGAUUGAAGCCAUUGUUGUGAAAAAUUUUGAAAAAAUCACCCCGAAAACUGAGUUGGGGAUCGCUGAUUUUGAAAAUAUUUUAGCAUCCAUCAUCAAUGAGAUUAAUACAAAUAAUAGAGAGUUAAUCUUGACUAAUCUAUUUCCCAUCAACUACCCCGAUCUUUUGGAGACCGUUUUAAACACAAACCCCGACUUGAUUCACCAUUUGGACAUUCCAGACUCUAACUUGACAAAGCUUAUAAAUGAAACAAACUCGAUUAUUUUGGAUGACAACUUGUACUUGUUCAACUUAUUCAACACGCUUGUUACUACAAAUUUGCAAACAUUGACUACAAACUUGUCAAUAAACUUGGGUAACACAUCUAAUAGUUUGGUAAUGUCGGGUACUUUACCGGAACAACAACAUCAGUUUUCUCAAUCGCAGCAGAAAAUCACAGAGAUUCCAAAUCAAUCGUAUAAGCUUGCAACCUUUUUGGCACAGUUAUCUGUUCAAAAUGGUAUCAUGGUGAACAAUAAUGAAAUCACAGAAUCAGAAGCAGAAGAUGAAGAAGUAGGAGAACAAAACGAGAUUGAGAAUAUUUUAAACAGUCUUAACGGCUUUCAAAGUGCACCUGCAGUGGCCAAUGAACUAGGUGGAAAUGUCUACAUAAACACCUUGAAUGGUGUUGAGCAGUUGGAGGACUUUAGUGCGAGUGUAUAUUCAAACUUUGAGUAA